UAUUUACAAAUUAAUACUUGAUUGUGCUUUUGUAUUUCUUAAGACAUGUGAAUGCGUUCUAAUUUAAAAUACAGCUAUGUUAAUGUUAUCGUAUUAGAAAAUCAAUUUAUGUUUUGAUGCUACAUAGAUUGAUGAUCAAAUGAAGUUGGCUACCGUGUCACGAAAACAAACAAAAAACUUCAGUCUUCAAUGCAGAAAGCUUUGAAACUGCUAUUAUCGUUAUAUUUUAGUUAGUUUGCUGGAUCUUACCCGAAAUAUUUAGUUAUUACUUUCUUCACCAUGGAGCGAAAAGUCGGUUUUAGGUUUGCCGAUAUGGCCAAAAGGGUAGCAGCAGAAACAGCAAAAGAGGGCAAAGUGAACAAUGUUUUUGAAGACUCGUUCGUUGCUUCAAGCAAGGAAUCUCCUUCUUUUCAAGGAUUUCGUCGAAUGGAUUCAUAUGCUAAAUUUAGGCGUCCAAGUGAGCCAUGUGAAACAGAAGUCGCAGAUGAUAUGAACGAGAAGAGAAAAAGCAGUUUUGCCAAAUUACGAAGAGGAACAAUAAGAGCUUCACUAAAAGAUCGAUUGCGAAAAAUAAUCGACGAACGGUUAACAAUCCGACAGAUUUUUCAAAGAUACGUCGAACACUCCACCUUGCAUGGUUUUCGCUACACAUGUUCAGAUACUUACUUUAUACGUAGAUUAAUCUGGUCUGUGCUUAUGAUCUUAGGCGCUGCCUAUUUUAUAUGGAAACUAAAAGAAGGCAUAAUCGAAUAUUUUGAUUACCCAUUUAGCACUUUGUUCAUGGUGUCAUACACAACAAAACUAAACUAUCCAGCGAUCAGUAUAUGCCCCUUAAACAGUUAUAAACUGCACGAGUUGGAGAACACUCCACUGCGAAGGUUGAAAGAUCGACUACCGUUAGAUAAAAGCUGGAAGGAUCCUGGAUUUGAUAUUCCUGGUGACGAGUAUGCUAAAUACUUAUACAAUAUAUCUUACAAGAUUGAAGAGCUACUAAAAGACUGCGACUGGAUAAAGAGAGAUACAAAUCACCCAAAAAAAGACCCCAACCCAUGUGGCACGUCAAACUUUACUAUGUUUUUUAACAAAAGAGGACAAUUGUGUUACACCCUUAAUUCAGGAAAGGAUGGACAUCCCUUAUUGAGUGUACAACAUGCUGGUUUAAAUUAUGGCUAUGAAUUGUUUUUUGACUUGAACAACAGUGAAGCUUUGAAAAGUUUCCUCUAUACUGGUAUGAGGAUAAUUAUUCAUGAUCAAGAUGAACCACCUGUCAUGGAGGAAGGGUUCAGUAUUUCACCAGGCUUUAAAACCUUUGUCAAACUUAGCAGAGUAGAGACUGAAAAUCUACCCCCUCCUUACGCUACCCAUUGUGGUGAAAUAGAAUUGAAAUAUUUUCCAACAUACAACCAAAAAGCGUGUUUACUGGAAUUGCUAACAGAUUAUACAGGUGAAAAAUGUGGAUGUAGAGAACUCUUUAUGCCAGAUAAUGGAAGACCAUUAUGCUCACUGAGGCAGUCGAUUAUGUGUAUGCUUCCUGCAAAAGAGUCAUUUGAUGAGUUUUCCAUGCGUCAAAAAUGCCCCGUGAAUUGCGAGGUUGUGUCUUAUACUGUCAGGUUGUCAGACUCAAGAUAUUUGCAUAAUCCACCAAAAGGUACCGAUGAAAUUAUAUUGACGAGAGAAGCAAAGAGAAAGAAAGUAAACGAGACACAUUUGUUGAAAUUACUAAGGCAGAUGACAUCCAAAGAGCUGGACCAAUAUGUCGAGCAAAAUAUUAUUCAAGUGAUAUUUUUUUAUGGUGAACUUAAAAAAGACAUUUUACAGCAGGAAGCGUCGUUCGACUUUUAUCAAUUUCUAGGUGAUAUGGGAGGUGAAAUUGGUUUAAUGCUUGGCGCUAGCUUGUUGACCUUUGUUGAAUUUGUUGACUUGAUUAUUUUCCUCAUCUAUCAUCAACUUCUGCGUUUCCAUAAAAAAAACAAAGCAAAAGAUGCACAGAGAAGAAGUGUGUAUGAAGCAAUUGAAGAGGAAGAAGAUGAAGAUGAGGAAAUGAAAGAAAAUGAUAUCAACGCCCUGUGACUUGACAACUAAUUUUACUAUCUCUAUAGCAACAAAUGGGAUACUUGAGAUAUUCUUCUGGCAGUUUUAAAAGAAAAAGAAAAUAAUAUUUAAGGAUUUCUCCUACGGAUGAAAACAAUUGAUAAGAAAAAAUAUAAUUUUAUUUUUCUUCUUCAGGAAAAGACCAUUUCUACUAGGUAAUUACUGAUAAGUAGUGUAAAAAUAGUCUCAAAAUCUCGCAACAUACGCUUUCAUAUCGUUUGUAGUAUACCUGUGAAGUAACUGGUCUUUGUAGUUGCACUCGUUUGCUUUCUUUAUAGAAAAGUCAACAAUUAUAAUAAUUCCAGAAUUCACAUCGUAGAUUCACGAUUAUUGCACAGAAGACGUGACAUUGACAAGAAAAGAUGUCUAAUUAUUAGAAUUACUGUAAAUUUAUGUUUAAACUAGAGAAAAUUGAAAAUACAAAAAAUUGUUGUAUGUUUAGUGGACUUAUCAACAAGAACAAAAUCAAUCUUAAAAAUAAAGAAGAUUUUCUUGUUAGACUGUCCACUCACAGUAACAUUCCGAGGCGUCAUCUCAACCUUUGAUCUGUAUUUCUUUGGUUCCUUUACUUCGAAGGAUCUUAAAAUCCGUAUCCUCGUUUGUCUCUUCUUGCUCAGUUCCAAAUAACCUUUCUAAUAUCAAAAUAAAAAUGCUAGCUAUAUCUGUACAUUUAUGCGAGUGCAUGGAAAACAGCAAGUAUAUUAAUCUUAAACACGGGGAGUGGCAUUGGGUAGUACUCAUCCCUAUUCAAAUACCCAAUGCUGGGGGGGGGGGGAUAAUUUAUGAAAGAUUUUUCUAAUAUUUAAAAAGAUAACAAAAAGCUUUUAUUACAACAAAGAUAGCACCAAAAUCUAAUAACAAGUAAAAUACAUUCUUUGAACGAUAUUUGUCUUGCCCGUCGUCUGUAACAAUUUUCAAUACUUUUGUAAAUCAAUAGCUUAUUUUUGCGAGUAAUCAACUCCUACCUGAUUUUGUGGACAUUUCUCCUCUUGAAAGGUAACAUUUUGACUAAUAAUAUUUAAAAACAUGUUAGAGAAACAAGGUUAGGCGAGCGUUUUUAUAAAAAAGAGUAAAUUUAUCCGUCCUAUCAGUUUAAUGUUACUAACUUUGUAUCUGUUAUUUUGAGAGAUAUUAGUACGUUCUUUUUUUUUCUCAGAACAAUUUUAUGCUCUUUGAAACCAAAAAUCUGAAAGUAAUUGAAAAAUAAGAACAUGAUCUAAAAUUACAAGCAAAGCUGAAAUUUCAAUGUUUUCCUUUUUCAUAAAAAAAACAACAACAAAUGGAACGUUUCUAACCUGCACAAAAAUUUCAUACGACUGUUUUACCUGUCCUAACUAGUAGUGUAGGAACAUAAAUUAAAUAACAGUUUUGACUUGAACAAAUGAAAAUAUAUCAGUCUGAAGUUAUAUUUGUUGGUUUUGAUAAAGGAAGUACACGAGUAGAAGAUAGAAGGUAGAAGGAAAGGGUAAAAGAAUAGGGUGAAUAAAUGUGUUAAUGGAUAAAUCCAAUCCAU